CAUUCAGUAGCGAGAAAUGGGUCUACAGUGGAGGCCAGCGUCCAUGUGCCCCUCUCAGAGGAAUGCAGGAAUAGGUCCUUUUGAAUAUUUUGAGCUUCUUCACCUUCCGGCUCGAGCCCUAUGACCUACACUCAGCUUGUCUACAGCCACACUCAGGGUCCUCCCCACUGGUGCUCCUUCCUAGCUCACCCAUGUGUCAGCGAUGCCCUCCGGCUCCCACGGUCACACUCUGGGCUCAAACUCAAGCAUCUUUCCUUCCUCCUGCCAUUUAUCACUAUGAAACCAGUCACCGGGGCCUGCCAGUUUUUCCUAAGCAAAGUCUCUCAACAUUCAGAUUUGUCCUUUUCCUCUCCCUGUUGCCAACACUGUAAACCUAGGUCCUUCACCUCUGUUCUGCCACCUACCUACAGCGGUGCCGCUGAUGCCAGAGCCCUGUGCCCAGCACUGCCCGGAGGGCAAGAUGGCAGCGGAGGAGGGCUCGCAGGACACCUUGCGGCUCCAGUUCCAGGCCAUGCAGGAGAUGCAGCACAGACGGCUACAGAAGCAGAUGGAGAAACAGAAGGAAAAGGAACUGAGCCUCAACAGCAGAGACGAUGACCCGGAAGAGCCCUUGGAGGUCUUCGAUGGCCUCAGCCUUCUCCAAGCCGGGGAGCAAAACUCACAAAGCGGCUUUGAGCGGCGGGUGCUGGAAGAUGAGAUCGAACAGCUUCGCCACCAGCUCAGGGAAACCGUGGACGAGAAUGGGCGGUUGUACAAGCUGCUGAAGGAAAGGGACUUUGAGAUCAAACACCUGAAGAAGAAGCUGGAAGAGGACAGGUUCGCCUUCACAGGGUCAGCCGGUGUGGCUGGGGAUGCGAUCGCCAGCAAGAUCGUCGAGCUGUCCAAGAGGAACCGGGUGCUGAUGGCGGAGUCCGAGGGCGCGAAGACCAGAGUGAAGCAGCUGAGCAAUCGCGUCCGGGAGCUGGAGCAGGAACUGCAGACGGCCCUGGCCAGGCUGCCAGCCAAGGGGGCCACCGACGCGGGAGCUAAGCCGCCGAGGGCCCAGCCGGGAGACGGAGCCUUGCCGGAGACCCCGGAGCUGAAGGCCUUGCAGGACAGGCUGGCGACCGCAAACCUGAAGACGAGUGACCUCCGCAACCAGGUCCAGUCUCUGAAGCAGGACCUCCGGAUGGCCCAGAAGGUGCUGGCCAGCGAGGUUGGGGAAGAUGUGAACAUCCAGCAGCUUCUGUCCUCGCCAGGGACCUGGAGAGGUCGGGCUCAACAGAUUCUCGUUUUGCAGAGCAAGGUUCGAGAGCUUGAGAAGCAGCUGGGACAGACCCAGAGCCAGUCUGUGGGAGCAGCCAGUGACGAGCCGUCCGUCUGUCCCGACCCGAGGAAGCUGACGGCACAGGAGAAAAACCUGCUGAGGAUCCGCAACCUGGAAAGGGAAAAGCAGGAAGGCUGGGAGAAACUGGCUGCUGAGCGGGACGCCCUCCAGAGAGAGCUCGACGAGCUGAAGAAGAGGUUCGAGGGCCUGAGGUCCCGGAACAAGGUGCUGGCGAGCGAAGUGAAGACCCUCAGGAGUCAGAUGGGGACCCUGGUGGAGAAGGGCCGCCAUGACGACGAGCUCAUCGAUGCCCUCAUGGUCCAGCUGAAGCAGCUACAGGAGAUUUUGGGCAGCCUGAGUCUGCAGGAGGAAAAGACGCGAGCCUCCCAGCACUGCCUGGACCAGCAGCUCAACAAUGAGGCCCAGCAGAGCAGCAGCCUGGUGGCCCAGCUGCAGGCCAUGGUGGCUGAGCGGGAGGCCAAGGUGCGGCGGCUGGAGUUGGAGAUCGGGCAGCUCAGUGCGCAGUAUCAUCGGAAUAAAGGCGUGAGCGAGGGGUCCGGUGGGCCCGAGGUCGGCCCCGCCCCCACCGAGGUCCCGGAGGACACGGGCCUGGCCUCGGCGGGCGACCACGGCAGGCUCAGGUCCCCUCGCUCGGUGACCAGCCUGGGCCACACACUCGUGGAAUCUGCCCGCACGUGGCCUUCCCCGCCCAGUCCUCAUGGGGCCUCACCCAGGUUCUUGGACUCCCCAGAACACAGGGGCUGGCAGGCCCAGGUGACAGAGCUCAAGGCUCUCUGGCAGGCCACCGAGGUGGAACGCAACCGGCUCACCGAGUUCGUCACCGUCCUGCAGAAACGGGUUUCCUGAACACACAAGUGCUGGCCUUGUUUUCCAUUUCCUCAAGCUCGGCGCUCUGUCCCCCGCUGAGGCCCUGGUAGACUGCGGGCGUCCUUACCACUUCCCUGGCUUGCAGAAGGAGACUGCCUCAGUCCACAGUUACGCAGACAACUCGCUCGCAGCUCGAGGCCUUGUCUGAGCCCAAGUUCACGUCUUCUGCUCUCACACUGGCUUAUGAGAUUGGAAGCUUUACUGUGACAGAGAUAUAACUUAUUGCAAGAAGACUCCUUUUCUAACCCCCACCCUCCACCAAUUUCCCACUCCUCACAGAAAAGAUCUGUUAGAACUUUCAACAUGUUUUCUUUGUACAUCCAAAAAUAUGCAUGUAUAUGUGUACAUAUGUGUAUCUGUAGAUGCACACACAUAUAUAAUUAAUUAAAAGACGGACUCACACUAGGCACAUCUUUACAUGUCUGUGGGAGUAUAUCCG